CACCCUGCAUUUUGAAGAUAAGUGUUAAACGUGAAGCGUCUUAUUUAUGUUGGACACUACACAUGAAGUUAUCAAUCCUGUUUGUUGCAGUCUUGACUACCAUCACACCUGAUCUAGGGGAAGGAAAGACACUAACCUCUGUUUGCAUAUCGCCGGAAAAGUUUGGGCAGCAGGCAACGAUAGCGUGUUAUGGAUAUGUUACAGGGGGACUAUACUGGGUUAAACCACGCGGUCAAAUUGUCAGACGCUGUAAGCCGCAGAAAAAAGAAACGUGUUUGAUUCACGCUCAAGGAUACAGCAGUCCGACGGAUAACGAUCUAACUAAAGACAUCUUGGUGAUAAAGUCCAUGCGUGAAGACCAUGUUGGUGUGUGGGCGUGCCGAGAUGAUUUUUACCAAUCAGCUGCUACUUGUUCGAUAGGCCCUUCAGGGAACAAACCAUGUGUACCUGGCUUAUGGGAUCAUUCUUGCAGUCAGGUAUGUGGUCGCUGUGAAGGAUCUACAUGUGACAAAGCUACUGGAAGUUGCCUGUGCAAGACUGGAUGGGCUCCGCCAAAAUGUACAGCAUGUGUAGCUGGCUUUUGGGGUCAGUCUUGCUCUAAGAGAUGUGGUAACUGUACAGAAUCUAAAUGUGACAGACGUACGGGGAGUUGCACGUGCAAGUCUGGAUGGGCUCCACCAAAAUGCACAGUCAGAUUAUGUCCAGCUGGCUUUUGGGGUCAGUCUUGCUCUAAGAGAUGUGUUAACUGUAAAGGCUCUAAAUGUGACAGAGGUACUGGAAGAUGCACGUGCAAGUCUGGAUGGGCUCCGCCAACAUGUACAAUCUGUGCCUAUGGAUAUUGGGAGGAACAGCAGAAAGUCUGUAUAUUGUUCAUCGCAGAACUCUAG